AUUUUUAUUUUUGGGGGAAAAAAAGAUAGUGACUAGCGAGCUAGGUCCUGUCCUGAGUCCUGAGGGAGGACAGUUCAGAGCAGAGAGUGGAACUCUUGCUCCUGGGGCUGUGGAGAUGACUUAGGAGUUAAAAGCCUCUGCUAUGAAAGUGUGGGGGUCAGAGUUCAGAUUCCUAGAACCCAUCUGAAUGCCAGCCAGUUAGGAGGCCCACCCGUCUCUCCAGUCUCUGAGGGCAGAGAUAGGAUCCCCAGAACGAUCUGGCUGAUGAGGCCAGCUAUACCUGUGAGCUCUGAGUCUGAUUAGGAGACCCUGCUGCAGGAAUACUGUGGAAGAGAGAGCGAGGAUUAUUCCUAGCGUCAACCUUGAGUCUGCAUGUACAUGCACCCGUGUGUAUAUAUGUGAGAAAUGAAAAAGGGGAAAAAAUACCGUGGCACCAGAGACCAGUAAAACCAUGGUUCGGAAGGCAGACUGUAUGGUACAUUCUGUGACGGCACGGGAUCUAGAGAGAAGCUAGCUAGGAAGUGUAGGGAUGAGUGACAGGUGGAAGCGGUUGCUCAGAGCCCCACUGAGAAGACUUAACAGACAGGGAGGUGACGGGAGGAGAUUGUGGGGGUGUUAGUUUUGCCAGCAGAAGCUACAAUUCUGCAACAGGCCAUGGAACAGAAAAGGAGCCAGCACAUUGGAGGGACAGCUGCAAGCUCUUGGGGGCCUGUGUAGGUCACUGGAAGGACUUGGAGUUACUGAGUGAGGUGCGGUCACUAGGCCUUCAGUCAGAGCCGUCAGGGCUUGGUGUGGCUUGGACAGCCCGAUUGACAGUGUUGGGGACUUUGAAUGGGACAUACUAUAUAAAGCAUACCAUACUCUAGAAUGCGAUGAAUGCCAGCGGCUGGCGCUGGACAGCGGCCAAAGAGCGAUGUGACAAGGAGGCAGGGAGACGAUGAGACGGGUCUUGUCUCCAGCGCACAGUGCUUUGAGGGCCCUGUUUCUUUGUGGGAAAGUGAACUACUGAAAGGCAACAGAUCGCAGGAACAGUGUGGCGUCUGGCAGCCCGAGGUUGGCCUUAACCGCCAGUCAGCUCAGCGGCCUUUGUCUCCUGCAGUGGCUUUGUUGUUGUUGUUUACUUAUUUUGAGGCAGUUUUCUCUGUGUAGCCCUGGCUCUCCUGGGACUUGCUUUAUAGACCAGGCUGGCCUUGAACUCACAGAGAUCUGCCUGCCUCUGCCUCCCAAGUGCAGGGAUCAAAGGCAGGAACCGCCUCUGCUGGGCUGAAGUCAGUGUUUCUCAGUCAGCAAUUUUACCCAUACUUUCCUGUUGUUGGGAGGAGGAUUUAGAACAGUCAAAAAAAAAAUAGAUAUGACCUGUUAAAACUCUUUUUUCCCCCUGUGCAUGGCAUGCCCAUGUGUGUGUACUAGUUUAGGGGCCGGAGGUUGACCAUGAGUGUUUUCUGUGAUCCCUGUCCACUCUCCUGAAGCAAGGGCUCUCGCUGAGUCUGAAGCACACAGGUGGGGCUAGUGUAGCGAGCCAGCUGGCCCUCUGCCUUCUUAAGUGCUGGACUGCACAGUUUCUGUGUUUAUGUGCAACUUUCGUUUGGUGUUCAUGGUAGGGGAAUCUCUCCAUUAUAAUUUCAUAAACCCUUGACAUGCCACCUCAGAAAAUGAGCAUUUGGAGCUGAAGAGAGAUUGAUCUGAAAUAAAGAUCAAUUUCUGGCUCUUGCAGAGGACCCAGAAUCCAUCCACAUGUUGGCUCACAACCACCUGUGAGCCACUCAGAUUCCGGGGAUCCCACACUCUCUUCUGGCUUCCACCCCGGCUUGUAGGCAGUGCACAGACAGGCAUGCAGGAGCACACACACAUAAAAUAAAUAGUUUUAAAAGGAGCCAUGUAAGACUUGGGCACAGGGCUGUCUAGAUGGCUCAGUAGGUAGACUGCUCUCUGGUGACAACACUGGUGACCCCAGUUCAAUCCCCGGAACCCAAUUGAAGGUAGGAGAGAGUGAACUCCAGAGUUGUCCUCUGACCUCGCAUGCGCCCUCACUCACACAUCACAUCCGUAGUAAAUAUUUUAUAAGACUUCAGUCAGGCUGGAGAGAAGGUUCAGUGGGUAAGAGCACCGGCUGCUCUUCCAGAGGUCCUGAGUUUAAUUCCCAGCAACCACAUGGUGGCUCACAACCAUCUGUAAUGGGAUCUGACGCCCUCUUCUGGUGUGUCUGAAGACAGCUACAGUGUACUCACAUGUAUACAUACAUACAUACAUACAUAUAUCUUUAAAAAAAAAAACAGUCCACUGAAAGGAGGAAAUGUCUUAUUACCCAGUGGGGAUUAUUCUGAACCUAAUAAAUUCUGUUCAUUAGUGUGUUCCUUCCUUGUAACAACCCUACUCCUUGCAGAAUACUGCUGACCAUAGAAUUCCUUUUCUGGGAGCCAUAUGAACCCCAUUCUGUUAAAUAUCCACCUCUCUGGGGAUGGUCUAGGCAGUUUAGUCUCAUCUCUUUGAUUUUGUGUGUGAGCAUGGAUGUGUGCUUGCUGGAAUGUGCAUUGGAAGUCAGAGGACAACUUUUGGUCGUCAGCUGUCACCUUCCCGCCUGCUGAGGCGCACACUGGGCUAACUGGUUCUAAGCACUCCUCCUGUCUCGGCCUGCCAUCGUGCUGUGGAGGUGUUGGGAUUACAGAUGUGCACUGCCAUAUUCCUGCCCACUUUAACUGUGCGUCAGGGCAUUGAACUCCACCUGCCAGGCCUACUGAGCAGGUGCUUAGCUGCUGAGCUGCCUUCCUAACUCCUCAUUUAUUACUCGGCAGAUAUUUAUCAAUAUAGACAUCUAUGGCAAUAAAUUUCCCUUUGAGCACUGCUUUAGCUGUGUCUCUUCUGUGUUGGUAUGCUGUUUUCAUUUUCUUUCUUAUUUACUUAUUUAUGAGACAGAGUCCUCUAGUCUUGAACUUGUCUGUGUAGCUGAGGCUAGUCUUGAACUCCUGGGCUUCCUACUGCUUCUCUCCUAAGUGCUGGGAUUAUAAGCCUAUACCACCACACCCUGCUGUGUUUUCAUUUUCAUUCAUGCAAAACAUCUUCCAAUUUCCCUCAUGGUCUCUCUCUUCAUGGAUCUCCUGGAGGAGGGGGCAACAAACUAGAUGUUGCUUAAUCUCAACAUGUCAAAUAUCUGUCAAGUACCCACGGCUUGUCCACAUGUGUCCUGCGGUAGGAGCUGAGGCAUAAUGACACAGACAACAGGCUACUUCAGUCCUUGCUGCCUUAGUAAACACAUGGCAAAAGUGUGUUGGUGGCACUACCUGUGGUAAAAAUAACUGGAUUAUAGGCUACAGGUGACAGGAAGAGGACAGAAGGCCUGCAUGGGACUGGGGAGGUAUCAUUGACUUCUGGGAAUGAUAUCCCAGGGCAGACAAGGAAUCCACAGAGUUGUUUGUUUUAUGAGGUGGAGUCUCAUGUAUCCCAAGCUGGCCUCAGACUCACUAUGUAGAUGAGGCUAGCCUUGAAUCAUGCCUCAUCUAUAAAUGGUGGGAUUAUAGCUGUGCAUCACCAUGUCUGGCAGAAUCUGUUAAAUAGUAACCAUCACACCUCUCACUAGACCCCCUCAUGUAAAUAGCCAGAGAGUACCCCUCAUGUUUCUAUAAUUCUAUAUUUCUAUACCCCUCCAAUUUCUAUAACCUAUACUUCCUCCGUUUGGGGGAAACUUCCUUAUGGGCCGGGAUUUUCUCCUGGCUCUCAAGUCAAUUGUUGUACUACAGGCUUGCUUUGGGGACUUUAAGGCAUUUAUUAGGUCUCUGAACGUAAGUGCCCUCAUCUGUGCGGUGGAGAGAAUGUCUCUAAGAGUUGUGAUGGGGACCUGCUGAGUUGAGAAGUGGAAACCUGUCUAAUGAAAGGUUCUCAUGGAAGCGAGCAGGCCCGGUAGCUUUGGCCCCGCCCUCUUCCAUCUUUCCCUCCCGGCCUGAGUCCCUCACUCAGGUUCUGUAUGCAAUGUCCUGGUUGCUGCUCCUUUGGGUCUUCUGGAGAUUAGAUGAAAUGGAGGGGCAUGAGGGCAUGGGAUGGAGGACCUUGUCCCGGAACACGCAGCACUGGGUACUGAGAAUACCUAAUUCUCAGUAGAGGGAGGGCGGAGAUGCCUUUCCCCUGUGGGUGCGUAGAGCCAUCCAGACAGCCUGAAUAAAAGGCCCUGGGCUUUGGGGGGGGGGGUGUGGGAGACACUCUCUCCUCCAUGGCUUCUCAGCUUUUCAGUGUAGCAUGCCAGGAAGAUGAAGGCUGUACACAGCCAGGAGCAGGGCCAAGGGCUGAUGGGCAGAAGACUGGACUCUUUCUCACAUUGACUCUUCGAAAACUCAGUGGGACUCCUGGAUCUGAGAACACAGAAAUGAACUCCAGGAGUUAGCUUCCAGUGCAGAAGGAAGGACAGACAGACAGCAGGGUCUCCCUUCUUUCCACCGGCCAGAGAUGGAGGCAAACCAGGCAGGCAGCGGUGCCGGGGGUGGCGGGAGCAGCGGCAUCGGGGGCGAGGACGGGGUCCACUUCCAGAGUUACCCAUUUGACUUCCUGGAAUUCCUCAACCACCAGCGCUUUGAGCCCAUGGAGCUAUACGGGGAACACGCCAAGGCAGUGGCAGCCCUGCCCUGUACCCCGGGGCCCCCGCCCCAGCCCCCACCCCAGCCUCCUCCGCCCCAAUAUGACUACCCACCCCAGUCCAGUUUCAAACCCAAGGCGGAGGCUCCUUCCUCAUCCUCAUCAUCAUCUUCAUCCUCAUCUUCCUCAUCUUCGUCUUCCUCAUCCUCUUCCCAAGCCAAGAAGAUGGAUCCGCCUUUGCCACCCACCUUCGGGGCGCCACCCCCUCCGCUCUUUGAUGCUGCCUUUCCUGCUCCUCAGUGGGGAAUAGUCGACCUCUCUGGACACCAGCACCUGUUCGGGAACCUGAAACGAGGUGGCCCCACACCUGGGCCUGGAGUAGCGUCAGGACUGGGCACUCCCACCGGGACCCCAGGGCCACUUCCCACACCCUCGCAGACCCCGCCUGGGCCCACAGUAGGGGCAGCCUGCGACCCAACCAAGGACGACAAGGGCUAUUUCCGAAGGCUGAAGUACCUGAUGGAGCGGCGCUUCCCGUGCGGUGUUUGCCAGAAGUCCUUCAAACAGUCCUCACAUCUGGUCCAGCACAUGUUAGUACACUCCGGGGAACGGCCGUAUGAAUGCGGCAUCUGUGGCCGUACCUACAACCAUGUCUCCAGUCUCAUCCGCCACCGACGCUGCCACAAGGAUGUGCCACCAACACCAACCGGGGGUACGCCCCAGUCUGGGCCCGCACUUCCUUCACUGGGCCUCCCGGCUCCCACAGCCAGUGCCACAGCCAGCUCCGACCCCGCCGCGGUGUCCUCUGGUCCCUCAGCCACCCCUGCAACGCCUGCCACGUCCACUGAUGGGAACCCCGCCCCUGCUGCCCCACCGGGGGCGGCCGUGCCUCCCUCGGCCACUGCUGGCGGGGAGGGCCCAUUUGCCUGCUCCCUCUGCUGGAAGGUCUUCAAGAAGCCCAGCCAUCUCCACCAGCACCAGAUCAUCCACACCGGUGAGAAACCCUUCUCCUGCUCCGUGUGCAGCAAAAGCUUCAACCGGCGGGAGAGCCUCAAGCGGCAUGUGAAAACGCACUCGGCCGACCUGAUCCGCCUGCCCUGUGGCAUCUGUGGCAAAGUCUUUCGCGAUGCCUCCUACCUCCUCAAGCACCAGGCAGCCCACGCAGCGGCCGGGACCCCGCGGCCGGUGUACCCCUGCGACCUGUGCGGGAAAACGUACUCCGCGCCGCAGAGCCUGCUGCGACACAAGGCUGCCCACGCGCCGCCUGUGGCCACCGAGCCGACCAAGGACGGAGCGGCCUCGGUCCCACAGCCACCUCCUCCCUUCCCCCCAGGCCCAUACCUCCUGCCCGCGGACCCGUCCACUACGGACGAGAAAGCCACGGCGGCCGCAGCGGCUGUGGUGUACGGUGCGGUGCCUGUCCCGCUUCUCAGCGCGCAUCCGCUGCUGCUCGGCGGGGCGGGGAAUGGCGGUGCGGGCGGCCCCGGCGCGGGCGGCCCCAGCAAGACGUUCUGCUGCGGCAUCUGCGGGCGCGCGUUUGGGCGCCGCGAGACCCUGAAGCGCCACGAGCGCAUCCACACCGGCGAGAAGCCCCACCAGUGCCCGGUGUGCGGGAAGCGUUUCCGGGAGUCCUUCCAUCUGAGCAAGCACCACGUGGUGCACACCCGAGAGCGGCCCUACAAGUGCGAGCUGUGCGGCAAGGUCUUCGGCUACCCGCAGAGCCUCACGCGCCACCGCCAGGUGCAUCGGCUCCAAUUGCCCUGCGCCCUGGCCGGAGCCACGGGCCUCGCCACCGGCCAGGGGACCACUGGGGCCUGUGGAGCUGCAGGCACUUCAGGUGGGCCGGCCGACCUGAGCUACGCCUGCUCAGACUGCGGGGAGCACUUCCCGGAUCUCUUCCACGUCAUGAGUCACAAGGAAGCUCACAUGUCAGAGAAACCGUAUGGCUGUGACGCCUGCGGCAAGACGUUCGGUUUCAUCGAGAACCUCAUGUGGCACAAGCUGGUUCACCAGGCUGCCCCGGAGCGCCUUCUCGCGCCAACAUCCAGUGGUCCCCAGUCCUCUGAUGGCGGCAGCAGCAGCGGCGGCGGCACCGAUGCAUCCAGCGUGCUGGACAACGGGCUAGCCGGAGAGGUGGGGACGGCUGUGGCAGCGCUGGCUGGGGUGUCUGGGGGCAGCGAGGAUGCGGGUGGGGCGACGGUGGCCGGAUCGGGUGGCGGGACCAGUUCAGGCGCUGAGCGCUUCAGCUGUGCCACCUGCGGCCAAAGCUUCAAGCACUUCCUGGGCCUGGUGACUCAUAAGUAUGUGCACCUGGUCCGCCGGACCCUGGGUUGCGGCCUCUGCGGCCAGAGCUUUGCAGGCGCGUACGAUCUGCUCCUGCACCGCCGAAGCCACCGGCAGAAACGGGGUUUCCGCUGCCCAGUGUGUGGGAAGCGCUUCUGGGAGGCGGCCCUACUGAUGCGCCACCAGCGCUGUCACACGGAGCAGCGGCCCUACCGGUGCGGCGUGUGCGGUAGAGGCUUCCUGCGCUCCUGGUACCUGAGGCAGCACCGCGUGGUGCACACUGGCGAGCGCGCCUUCAAGUGCGGUGUGUGCGCCAAGCACUUCGCGCAGUCUUCUAGCCUAGCGGAGCACCGGCGGCUGCACGCUGUGGCUCGGCCUCAGCGCUGCGGAGCCUGCGGGAAGACCUUCCGCUACCGCUCCAACCUGCUGGAGCAUCAGCGGCUGCACCUGGGCGAGCGCGCCUACCGCUGUGAGCACUGCGGCAAGGGCUUCUUCUACCUGAGCUCCGUGUUGCGCCAUCAGCGUGCCCACGAGCCCCCGCGGCCCGAGCUACGCUGUCCAGCCUGUCUCAAGGCCUUCAAGGAUCCUGGCUACUUCCGGAAGCACCUGGCUGCCCAUCAAGGCGGCAGGCCCUUCCGCUGCUCCUCCUGCGGUGAGGGCUUUGCCAACACCUAUGGUCUGAAGAAACACCGCCUGAUGCACAAGGCUGAGGGUCUUGGGAUGCCCGGAACAGGGGGUAGCGCCUUGACCGGAAAGGAUCCCUAACCAGGGGGUUUCAGUGUGCCACUCCAAUCAGAUAUUCCCUUCUGGACUCUACCCUUCUGGGGCUGCUGGUCAGACUCUCCCCACCCCUCCUUACUGUCUCCCAUGCUAAAGAAUCCCAGGUGGGCUAGCUUCCUUCCAGUCCCAUGCCCUACAAACUGAAGAUUAACUUGCUCCAAUCCCAGGCCAUUCUGGCCCUUCCUUCUUCAUCUGUCAGACACUGGGCUUGAUCCUCUGUCCAGUAGAUCCUCUUUUGUAAACCUCAUCUGCCACCCAGCAGCAUUCUGGCUACAGUGAACUCAUGGUGGGGACGGGCAUGAACUACUCACCCUCCCACAUCCUCUGGGAUCUGGCUGGACAGUGGACUAUGAAGAGUUGGGAGGGCACAGGUUGAGUGAGGAUUUGCCAUGUCCGGGCAUUAGCCUGUGAAUUGGGCAAGUGGAGAGGAGUGAAACAGGGAAGUCGCACUCUCAGGAACUGAUUUGAGAUCCCGAGACUCCCCUCCAUGAUGCUCUCAGCCACCAUGACCGGAAGCCUCCUGCCUGCCAAGCCCUGACCUGGGCACUAGGGAAACUGAUGCAUUGAUUGGACAUUGACACUCCAGUAGGCUGGGAGAGCAUGCCUGAGGAACUUAGCAGUCUGCAGACUACUGGAGAUGCUCGUGUAGUCUAGGCUAGCUACGGACUUGCUUUGUAGGUAAAGAUAGGCUUGAUUUGCCCCACCCCACCCCGCCCGCCCCCCCUUUGAGACAUGGUCUCUUUAUGUAACCCUUGGCUCUCCUGGAACUCUGUAGACCAGGCUGGCCUUGAAUUUACAGAAACCCAUCUGCCUCCCUGGUGCUGAGAUUAAAGGUGUGCACCACCAUG